AUGGUGCACCAGAUGUUUUCAGUUGGGACUCUACAGAGUGACACAAAGAGACAGCAUCUCCUAGAACGGCUGCUGGAUGCUGUUAAACAGUGCCAAAUCCGCUUCGGAGGACGAAAGGAGAUCGCCACAGACUCCGACAGCAGGGUGAUCUGCCUGUGCGCCCAGUUUGAGGCGGUGCUGCAGCAUGGGCUGAGGAAGAGCAGGGGUCUGGCCCUCACCGCCGCUGCUCUCAAGCAGGCUGCAGGCUUCAGCAGCAAGGCAGAAGCAGAGCUGACCUUUUGGUUCUACGUGAAGGAGCAGCUGAACCGCCACGAGCUCCAGCGUUUCUACUCCCUGCGACAGAUCUCCUCGGAACUUGGCCGGGGUCGUGCCUGGCUGCGCUGCGCCCUCAACGAACACUCGCUGGAGCGCUACCUGCACACGCUGCUGGCGGACCGACCACGCCUGGGAACGUUCUAUGAAGACUGGGCUUUUGUUCUCGAUGAAGAGCGAGCGAGUAUGCUCCCCACGAUGGCUGCAGGUUUGAACUCCAUCCUGUUUGCCAUCAACAUCGACAACGGUGACCUUAACGGUGGGUUGACACGAGGGGGCUCCUCAGUGUCCCACCUCCUCAAGGAGUCCACGCAGGGCAUCGGCAGCCUUCUGAAGGAGUCCACUCAGGGAGUGAGCAGCCUCCUGCGAGAGAUCGGCACUGCCACGGCCGUGGUGCCCGGCUUCACCUCCAGGGCGGACGGCCCCUCGGACCCGCUGCCUGUACUGCCACGCAGCACCUCCGCUGACUCGGGCCUGCGGAAAGAGCGGCGAAGGAAGAAGAAGAUCACCAACAUCAUUUCCUUCGACGAUGAUCUGGACUGCGGUGCCGAGGACGAGGAGGAGGGAGAGGAGGACUCUCAGAAGACGAGGGCCAUGAGGAAGAGCCGAACCGCUCCGGCUCAGAGCAGCGUGGAGGAAGGGAUAGACCCCCUGGAGCCGACCCGCUCUGAGUCACCGGCCCAGAACGGCCUGGGAGAGCUGGGCGUGGUCAACUGGGUGGGCUCGCCUCACCCCUGCCGCACAACUCCCACAGCUGCACCUCCUUUGCCUGACAGUAAGAGUGUGGACAAUGAAGAGGAGGAGGAGGAGGCAGAGGAGAUGUACCAACCUAGAGCUCAAACACAGGAGGAGGAGAGAACCCCCACAGAUCAGGUGGUGGUGGGCAGUCUGACCAGCGUGUCCACGUGGAGUCCUCUGCAGACCAUGGCCAACCAGAGCAGCACAGACAUCCUGAUCCCAGUGAAUCCUGCAGAUCCUCAGACUGCGAGCUCUGUGGAAGACGCAGCUGCGUUUCCUGCUCAGUGUGACUCUACAGGAUCAGUAGAAAACUGUGAAAGAUCACAACCCUCUUUCAAUAUGGAGUGCAGUCCACCAGUACACUCAGCUCCUCUCUCCAUGAUGUUGCCAACAUCUGGUCUACCAGAGUCCAUGACAGUGGUGGAGCUGCGUCAGGCCAUUGUUGCCAUGAUGAACAGGAAGGACGAGCUGGAGGAACAAAACACGUCUCUUCGCAGUCUGUUGGAUGGAGAGAUGGAGCACUCAGCAGGCCUGAGGCAGGAAACUGAUUUACUGAAGAAGAAGCUGGCAGAUCUUGAAGAAAGACACGCAGUCAAGGUCCAGGCGCUGGCUAGGGAAAAUGAAGUUCUCAAGGUCCAGCUGAAGAAGUAUGUGGGUGCAGUGCAGAUGCUGAAAAGAGAGGGACAGUGAUUUCAUGUGCCUAACAUAUUUUCUGUAAACUGGGAAGCUGAGGUCGCCAAUAAAUUUAUGGGUGACAUUGAGGAGCUGGCAGCCAGUUACGAGCGCAAACUCAUUGAGGUGGCUGAGAUGCACGGUGAGUUGAUAGAGUUUAAUGAGCGCCUGUACCGUUCCCUUAUGGCCAAAGACCACCUCAUUGUUCAGAUGAGACAGGAACUCAUUGACCUAAGAGGACCGGUUCCAGGUGAUUUAAGCCAGACAUCAGAUGAUCCCAGCCUAUCAGAUUUUGAGACAGCUCAUCGUGCUCUCAUCAACGUGUGGAUCCCCUCUGUGUUCCUGCAGGGCAGAGCUGCAAACGCCUACCACGUCUAUCAGGUUUACAUCCGCAUCCUGGAUAAUGAGUGGAAUGUGUACAGGCGUUACGCUGAGUUCAGGGAGCUUCACAACCACUUGAGAACAAGGUUUCCACAAGUGGAUACCUUUGUCUUUCCACCUAAGAAAGCUAUUGGAAACAAGGAUGCCAAGUUUGUGGAGGAAAGGAGGAAGCAUCUACAGGGCUACCUUCGCAUGGUGAUGAACAAACUGAUCCAGGCGCUGCCGGAGUUCACAGCCCACCCCACUAAAGAGACCCUGCUGUCUCUGCUGCCUUUCUGUCAAGACACACCCCAGGCGAAUGAUGGGGGGACCAAAACACCUCGAUCCAGGACUUCUUCCCGCUUCCCCAGACUGGGCCGCAGCCGCACACAGGAAGCCAGACCUGAACCUCAGAGUGGUGACCUUUGAGCUAUAGCAUUAAAACCAAGAAAAACAAUUUGUUGUCUUUGGACUGUGACAUACACACUCACUUGGUGCAAGGGCCUGUGGGGCAUUAAAUGGAUCUUAAAUGCGGAUGGAGAGCCUCGGUCAAUGGCUGUGGAACUCUGUGGGCCACUUGUCUGGCUUGUUGAGUAGGAAGCAGAUGAAUCUGACUAACCUGGCAAUGACCACCUGGUAAUUCAGCACCUCUUACCUUUCUGAGAUCAGCACUCCCUGAAAACUGCACACGGACAAAUU